AUGGAUAAAUACGAUAUGGCUCUAGCUGCUCUUGUUACUUUUUAUGUUGUUUAUUGCCCUUUCACGAAAGUUGAAGAAAGUUUCAAUUUGCAAGCGACUCACGAUGUCUUGGAGCAUGGUGUAGCUUUGGGAGCAUUGAAAAAGUAUGACCACUUCGAGUUCCCUGGAGUUGUUCCAAGAACUUUUGUUGGUCCGUUAGUUUUGGGUGGAGCAAGCUGGCCAUUUGUUAAAGCCAUUAGAUUAUUAUACCCCAACGUGGAUAAACUUAUUUUUCAGUAUAUCGUUCGAGUUAUUCUGGGUCUUUUUUCUGUCUAUACGCUCUCUCGUUUACGACUGUCUAUAAGAACUUCCUUCGGAUUGUCAGUAUCAGUAGCUUUCGCUCUUCUUUCGGCUUUACAAUUUCAUACAACAUUUUGGUCAAGCAGAACUUUGCCAAAUAUGUUUGCUUUUCCGUUAACAAACAUUGCAUUCUCACAUUGGAUUCUCUCCUUGACAUCGUCAAAUCCUUCCUCACAUAUUCUCUCGAUGUUACGUUAUUUUACAUUUACCACGGUGGUCUUCCGUUUCGAAGUCUUUUUAUUGGCUGGUCCAAUUGUUUUGUUGGAACUAAUACGAAAGAAUGUAAAUUUUUAUGAUGCUUUUAAAGUUGCCGCGUUCACCGGUGUUUUCAGCUUAGGAAUUUCUUUGAUAAUUGAUUCUUAUUUCUGGCAAAAAAAUUGGAUGUGGCCGGAAGGCUAUGUCUUUUAUUUCAAUGCUAUACUCGGAAAAAGUGUAGAAUGGGGAGUCUUGCCAUUUCACACUUAUUUCACAUCAUUUCUACCUCGAUUACUUCUUACAUCUUUGCCGUUAAGCAUUUAUGCAGCUUUUGUCGAUAGACGAGCGCGCAUGUUUCUAUCACCGAUCUUUUUAUACAUUCUUAUCUUCUCAUUUUUGGGUCAUAAAGAGUGGCGAUUUAUCGUGUAUGUUGUGCCCAUCUUUAAUUUGUGCGCGGCGGUCGGCUGGAUUUGGAUAGAACAAAGGGUUGCCAAAGUGCCUUAUAAUAUUUUACGGAUCAUAACUUAUGCUUGUCUAGCUGGGAGUUGUUUUGCAUGCAUAUUCAUGGUCUACGCGUCCAGCUGUAAUUAUCCCGGGGGAUAUGCACUACGUCGGAUUCAUGUCAUAGAACGAAAUGUACCGCAAGUUAAACUUCAUCUUGAUGUAUACACGGCGAUGACCGGUGCAUCAAGGUUUGGCCAAUUACGCGAUGAUUGGACUUAUUCGAAAAAUGAAUCGCACUCAGACCCAUCCGACUACAUCAUCUAUUCACAUCUUCUUACUUCUGAUCCGCAAACACAUGAAAAAAAUUUUGAAAGUUUAGAAGUGAUUGAUGGUUAUUCGCGUGCAAAAGUUAGGAAUUUUGUUGAAUUGACGAAAAAUUGGGUGAAUUUUUUUAAAGGGACUGCCACCGCGACUGAUGGAACUUCACUUGCCAAUGAUAAUAAGGCUGGCAAAAAGGUUGCGACGAUUUCUAGUUUGUCGCCAGUUGAAAUUAUGACUGUUUCAAAAGUUUGGAUCAUGAGAAAACGUUCUUGA